GAGCCGGAGGAGGAGGGGAGAGGCCUGGAGGACACCAACAUGAACAAGUUGAAAUCAUCGCAGAAGGAUAAAGUUCGUCAGUUUAUGAUCUUCACACAAUCUAGCGAAAAAACAGCAGUAAGUUGUCUGUCUCAAAAUGACUGGAAGUUAGACGUUGCAACAGACAACUUUUUCCAAAAUCCUGAACUUUAUAUACGAGAGAGUGUAAAAGGAUCAUUGGAUAGGAAGAAGUUAGAACAACUAUACAAUAGAUACAAAGAUCCUCAAGAUGAAAAUAAAAUUGGAAUAGAUGGUAUACAGCAGUUCUGUGAUGACCUGGCACUCGAUCCAGCUAGCAUUAGUGUGUUGAUCAUUGCAUGGAAGUUCAGAGCAGCGACGCAGUGUGAGUUCUCCAAACAGGAGUUCAUGGACGGCAUGACAGAACUAGGAUGUGACAGCAUAGAAAAACUAAAGGCCCAGAUACCCAAGAUGGAACAAGAAUUGAAAGAACCAGGAAGAUUUAAGGACUUUUAUCAGUUUACUUUUAAUUUUGCAAAGAAUCCAGGACAAAAAGGAUUAGAUCUAGAAAUGGCCAUUGCCUACUGGAAUUUAGUGCUUAAUGGAAGAUUUAAAUUCUUAGACUUAUGGAAUAAAUUUUUGUUGGAACAUCAUAAACGAUCAAUACCAAAAGACACAUGGAAUCUCCUCUUAGACUUCAGUACAAUGAUUGCAGAUGACAUGUCUAAUUAUGAUGAAGAAGGAGCAUGGCCUGUUCUUAUUGAUGACUUUGUGGAAUUUGCACGCCCUCAAAUUGCUGGGACAAAAAGUACAACAGUGUAGCACUAAAAGAACUUUCUAGAAUGUACAUAGUCUGUACAAUAAAUACAACGGAAAAUUGCACAGUCAAUUUCUGCUGGCUGAACUGAACUGAAGAUCAAUCCUCAUAAUUCAGGCUGAGGGUUGAGACAAAACUUUAAGGAUACAUCUUGGACCAUAGCGUAUUUCAUUCUUCUAAUGGUGGUUUGGGCUUGUCUUCUAGUCUGGGCCGCUCUAAACAUUUAUAAUUUCAACAUUGUGGAGUUCAUCUUAUAUCUGUGGACCAUCCUAGUUUUUCUCCCAUAAGUCUUAGAAGCUUUAUGGUGAUUAUUUUGAGGUUUCCAUUCUCGCAUAAAGCACAAUGCUGUCUUCAUCAGAAAACAGUUUGGCAUAAGAAUUAAACAUGAACAUCACAAACAAUUUAUAAAAACUUCUUAAAUAGAUGCUUUGGGCUAGUUGCAAAGACUAUGCUGAUAGCACUUCCAAUGAAAAUGAUACAUUUAAGUGUACCAGAUCUGAAAUGGUGUUUUGGUUUUGGGAUUUUUUUUUCUCCCCCCAGAUCACAUGUAUUAUUGCUGUGAGUAGAGUAUCUGAUGAAAAAAAUGUCAAAUAACUGACGUGAAAAAAUUAGAAUAACUUGGUGCCUACCUGAAAACUUUAUUUUGCUUCAGACCCAUGAUUUCAAAAGGUUCCACAGAAGUAGUCUGCACUUAUCUUCCCCAUGUUUAUACAUAGUUGUUCUACAGGGAGCUUUUAUUUAGAAGAUGUCUGCAUAAUGCUAGACUCCACUUCUUUCUACAUUAUGCAUUACAUGAUUGAAUUUCAUUGUGAUUUUUGAAAUGCUUUAUGCCUGUCAAAUAAGUUAAACUAUUUAAUUUGUUUUGAAUGUUUUAGAUUGCUACACAAUACAAUAUUCUAAAUUUA